AUGGCGGUGAGAAAGGCAGGGGACAGACUGAAUACAGAUGCAUCAGCUGGCAGAAGAGACAACACCUCACUGCAAGACACAGCAACUAUCACUGCAGCUGUGAGAGAAGUAGAAGAAGAUGUGAUAAUAAGAGCAGUACUUCUACAGCUUAUUGACAUCAUCUUCACCUUCAAUCUAGCUUUCUUGACAGUCAUGAAGACUGCAGCCACAUCACAAAGAUGUUUACUCACUAGAAAAUGUCAGAAUAAGUUCUUUAUUAUUCUUCAAGAAUGA